AUGAGCAUCGGGGCUUUACCUCCAGGAAUGAUUCCACCGCCUGCUCCAGGAUUACCUACUGCACCAGCUAUUCAACAACCAACGCCAACUCUUCCUCCUAAUAAUACCAUUUACAUUAAUAACCUAAAUGAAAAGAUCAAAAUUGAUGAGCUUAAGAAGUCGCUGUAUGCCGUUUUUGUGCAAUUCGGCCAAAUUUUGGACAUUAUUAUUGGUAAGUCCGUGAAGAUGCGAGGGCAGGCGUUCGUCGUCUUUUCCGAGAUCAGCUCAGCUCGUGCUGCUUUAGAUGCAAUGAGAGGCUUUCCACUUUAUGAAAAGCCAAUGCGUAUUGAUUUUGCUCGCACUACGUCAGAUGUCAUUGCGAAGCGAGAAGGAACUUUCGUUGAGCGUCCGAAACGUCAACCACCACCCCCUCCGAUUCCUACGCAAGCUCAGUCUGACGCUGCUGCUAUUGAAGCCGCCGCUAUGGUUGGUGGUGGAAGUGCUCGUGCUAUUCGUCGUCGGCAACAACGCCUCGCAGCUGCUGCCCAAGCCGCUGCUGAGAAUGGUACUGCUGUACCUCCUCCACCCCAGCUAACAACGGCACCUCAUCAUCCUCCACCCAUCAAUCCUGCUACCAUUCCUGAUCAGCCUCCAAAUAAAAUUUUAUUCCUCACAAACCUCCCGGAGGAUGCUAACGAAGCUAUGCUAGCGAUGCUUUUCGCGCCUUUUGUUGGUUACCGCGAAAUUCGAAUGGUACCUUCGAGGCACGAUAUCGCAUUCAUUAUGGAUAUCCGACCAAAUCAUACUCUCUAUGUGAAUAAUUUAAACGACAAAUUGAAGAAGGCGGAUUUGAAGAGAUUGCUUUAUUACCUUUUCUCGCCCUAUGGAAGAAUUUUGGAAAUUAUUGCCAUGAAAACUCAAAAAAUGCGCGGUCAGGCCUUUAUUAUAUUUCAGUCCCUUAAUUCGGCUACAACAGCACUCAGAGCACUUCAAGGUUUCCAUCUAAUUGAAAAGCCCAUGCGGAUCCAGUACGCUCGUAAUAACUCAACUCAGAUUGAGGUUCUUCAGGGCGUGAAUGCAGAGACUCAGAAGAAGAAAGAAGAGGAGCGCGAGAAGCGACGCCGAAGGAAGCUGGCACAACGUCAAGCUGCAAUCGCUGCUUCUGCUGCUGCGUCUGGCACAGUGGCCAAUCCAGCUGGGGCUGAAGGCGAAGUUGAGAAUGAAAUUCCCAAUCGUGUGCUCUUUGUUAGCAAUCUACCUGAGGAGACUACUGAUGCGAUGUUGACGAUGCUCUUUAACCAGUUCAGCGGCUUCAAGGAGGCUCGAAGAGCGGUGGGAGGCAUUGGCUUUGUGGAAUAUGACUCUGAGGCUCAAGCAACAGCCGCUAAGAAUACCUACCAUGGCUUCAAGUUGACUCGUACUCACGCUAUUAAUGUGAACUACGCGAAGCAUUGA